CAGGAUGUCUCGUUGAGGUGUGAACGAUCUUCCAAGUCCGCUAUGAAGACUCAUUUAAAACGCGGCACUCACAAUAUUCGUUCGGAAGAGGAGGCUCAAGAGAGAAACUCUACUAUGGCAGCUUGGUGGACGAUUCUGCUGACAGCGUUUCUUCUGGAGAAGACGUCGGCCCAAGGAAUUCUAAGCGACGAUGAAGCUGCGUACUACAAGAAGACCAGCUACAAGCCUCAGGACGGCAUCACAAAGACGUUGCGGAGUGAGCUGCCCGAUCACGAGUUUAUUCGAGUCGCCAUAAAAGUGCCCAUCAACGAGACCAUACGGGGAGACAGGCUCCAGCAAGGAACGGUAGCAAUCAAGAAAGGUGUCCUGGCGGGCCUCAGCGAGGUCACUCAACGGACAACCACCCAGACGAGAGGAGGGCGCCCGAUCACGGUCAUCUACCUGCAGUGGGGCAAAGUUACCGGCACCUUCCCCUUUCAAGCGGUCGUAAACGGCUUGCGAUUCCUUGGAAUGAUUCGCGUGCGGUUCAACCCCGUCCAGGCAACCGCCGUGCUUAAGGACGGUUCCUUGGUGGAGUUCAAGCCGCCGAUAUUGAGGAACGGCCUCUCGGUGUCCGGGUCUCCGGCGCAGAGCGCCUUCCCUCGCGCGUAUGAAAGUGUUACGGAGCUUGUGAAAGAAGCCAGUAGGUCUACGCUGUCGAAGUUCAUCGAUACUACGGCCAAGAAUGCACUAUGGACAGCGAUCAGGUUGACGGAGAACGAGAUUCCCUUGUGGGAUUAGAGGUGCGCGGGCUCUGGGGGCCGCGAUUUACACGUGCCAACUCUCAGGGAUUGCAGGUGCUCUAUAUAGCUAGGGUUCCGUGUUUUCGGUUUUAAUCGAAAAACACCGAAUACAGAGGGACAUUCCAGGAGCGGUGAGAGAGAUGAAUCGCUGCACAUGCCCAGCAAGUGGUCGAUGCAGAUUAAAAAAAAAAAACAUACAGAAAUACGAUGGUUGUGAAAAAUGUCCGUUUACUUUUUCGUUAGCCGUAAAACGCCGCCGCAGCGAACAACGCCAUUUUGAAUGAGCGUCGUGCGGAAAUUGCAUUGUGAUUUCUAUUCACCGAUAACUGUCGGGUAGACCAUGUACACGCCAGGAAAAACAUAGAAAGACGCCGAUUUCGUGAAAAUCAAUUAACACCGAAAAACGUACGCCGAAUCCGCCCACAAAUAAAAACGGAAAACGCGGAACCCUAUCUAUAGCGUACGUCUUUCAUUUCGCAUGCGCAAGGCAGGAGCAGCUGAGCAAAACUAAGAGCUUUCGCUGCAGUUGUGUAAUGGUGGUCUCAGUGCUUUAUUAAAGUUGAAAUGAAGA